CAACCUCACUCAUCUUCCCAACACAGCCACUGGGUUCCCUUCCAUACCAAAAUGGAUGUCCCCGUCGCUGCCAAUAUUCUAGGCACACUCGGAGCUGUCUGUUGGUCAAUCCAGCUGAUUCCUCAAAUCAUCGUCAAUUACCGUCGCCAUAAUGCAACGGGUCUUCAACCAUCGAUGAUGAUGCUCUGGGCAUGGGCAGGUGUUCCGCUAGGCGUGUACAACAUCGUCAAAGAGUUCAACAUCGCCUUACGGAUACAGCCUCAGAUCUUGACGCUUUUGAGUCUCGUAACAUGGAUUCAAUGUUACUACUACGAACGAAAAUGGAGUGUCUACCGCUCUUUACUCGUUGUCGUCCCAAUCGCAGCCGUCAUGGGCGGAAUCCAAGCCAGUCUCAUCAUCGCCCUUCGCAUCGCCAAAUCACGCUCGCUAGAAUGGCCUCUCAUCCUCAUGGCAUCUCUGUCCGCAGCCUUACUCGCAGCAGGCGUACUAACCCACUAUUGGGACAUCUGGAAGCACCGAACAGUCCGUGGCAUAUCAUUUCUCUUCGUGGCCAUUGAUGCAGCAGGUGAUGUGUUCUCACUUGUGUCCGUGUUCUUCCAACCUGAGCUUGAUGUUCUCGGCAUUGUUAUCUACGCGACAGAGUUUGUUCUAUGGUGUGGUGUUUUUGCUUGUGGUGGGUAUUACAACCUGUUGCCAUGGGUCAGAAAGAGGUUUGGGAGUGAGAGUAAGAGGGUUGAAGGUGAGGAGAGUGCAGGGGAUGGGGUCAUGAUGAAUGAGAACGUUUCUUCUAGUUCGGUGUUCAGGACGGUGAGUGGGAAUGGAGAGGGCGUGAGGGUGAGGAAUGCGCAUCGUGGAUCUCAAGAUGUUGAGUGAGCAUGGAAAGUGAAAACGUUGCAAUGACCCCCAACUGUCGGUUUGCCUAACAUAGAAGAAGGCCUCGAGGUAUUCAAUUAGAAUAUUGCAACGAUUUCUAAGAUUAUCGCCAUAAAACGAAUUGCACUGCUUAAAUCCAUC